CUGCAGAAGUUCGCAGGGCAAGAGUUCACCGGUAUGUCGCUAACUCGGGGAGUUUCUCUCAGUUUGAUGAUAGCUGACGAAGUUUAGAGGCAAAAAAACCCACCAAACACAACGAGGUGGUCAAGGAAGUCGCUGUCUUCAACUCAGCCUUGCUCAUGGAUACAAAGUUAAGCCCGUGAAGUCCAGUGGAUAAGUCCAGGCGGUGGUGAACGCGGAGUUUUUUUUAUUGACUUAAAAGGACAGAAACGACGAUGUCUUUGGAAACGGGGAAAGUCUUCUAGAGGUAUUUAAGAGAGAAGAGCUGGAGACAUGAUGUCCAUUGGAGCUGAUAGCUGACACUGUAGAAUGAGAGAGGAUGGAGCAGACAGACAACCCUGCCCUUGAGAGCAACAACCCUAAUGGGUUUGUCAACCGAGUGUUUAAUGUUUCUCUGGAUGUGGAGAAUAAGACCAGCAGUGUUUAUAUUCAGGAGACUGGGCAAGGGCCUGAAGAGGGGCAGGGAGAGACCCAAGCUGCCUCUUCUCAGACCCCUGUCAAGGAAAGACAGGAGGUCAACCGGAGGCCCCGUGCCACAGGGGGCAUCUGGAAGAUCUUGAACCGAAAAAGAGCUGUCUCAGAGCUGGAGCGAAGACCCCACUCCAUGAUCCUGCCUGGGGAGGCUUCCCUCCCUAAACUCUCGUUUGCUGACAAAGUUCGGUCCUUCAAGAAGCUUAAAUCUCCCUCUGUGUUUAGAGGAAAGACAGGGAAACUGUCCACUUCCAAGUUUGGCAGCUCCUUGGUGGAUGAGGAAUCUUUCUGCCGAGACUUUGGCACCCCUCAGCAGUCCAGCAGGGGCACCCUGAAACACCGUGGCAAGAGACACUCUUAUGCCGGCUACACAGCAGAAUUUGACUGCUCGUUUGAAGACCUUGAUCUCACUCCAUUAGACAGCCACCAACCCACUGUAGUGGGAGAGGCUGUGACUCAGAAUGGUUGUAAACCAUCAGAACGGGUUUGCUAUACCAAAAGAAGCCUCAACAAUUCAACAAACUGUAACAAAAUAGCUGCAGUAUGUGAAGAACCUAGUGCUCAAUGUAGCCCAAGCACCCGGCAGGGCAGAGGAAGGAGGAACAAGGAUGUGUGGAGUUACCUGAGGAGGAUUUCCCUUUUAGGGAAGACCAAUCCCGUCUACUCAGAGAGGAGUUUUGACUCUGAGCUUCCAUCUUUGGAUAAAACCUUGGACUCAGACUAUGGUUCUGUGGACUUUGAGAGUGUCAGAGACUUCCAACCUCCACGCGCAAAACACUCUGACACUAAGGGACACUUUGGGGGUCUGUUCAAGUUUUUUAACAGUGUAGCAGAGACAGCCAGAAAAUGGCGGACAACGUCACACUCCUUUUCUCCUCCAGAGGGAGAAAGUAGUCAGAUGAGCUCCCCUCGGGCCACACAACGCACAGUGGAAAAUAUUCAUAGUGUGUCCCUGACACUACACAGUGAAGGACUUCCAAAAUGCCAGCCUAUUCCAUCAUCACCAGUGACCGCUAAAUCCUCACACUCCAGUAGCUGGGACAAGGAGGCUCCAGCACCUGUGGCAGGGGAAGGAUCCCCUAAGGUGGUCUUGAGAGCCUUUAGGGCAGGUCCAGGAUCACGAGCUGUCAAUGGCCUUAAGAGUUCUGAGUGCACAGACAAACAUACAGACAGUGACACAAAUUAUACAGCCACAACGAUAGUAGAGAAUCAUAUCUCCCAAUCAGGUCCAAACACAGAGACUAAAGAAGAAGCAGAGGUUGAAAGUGCAACAUUAAACGGUGUCUGUAAGGAGGAAAAGGUAGAGAGACAGCCAGGAAAUGAGCAAGAUUCCAGGGAUGCUCCACCUGGCUCCCACCAGAGACAGGAAGUGAACGUCCAAUCACAACAAGGUGAUAAAGAGAGCACAACCAAUAGCAUACCUGCAUCAGAUUCCACAGAGGAAAUAUUUAAGGCUUUGGCUCGCCCCCCGGGUGUGUCACCGUUAGAGCCCCCACUCAGGGCAUCUCUCCAGCGGUGCCGCUCCCUGCCGCUGCCACCAAGCACUCUCACAGCCCUGGCGUUGCUUCUGCCCCAGUCAGUCAUUGGUCAGUCGUCGUCGUCUGUGCGUCUGCGGUCGGGAGGCUCUGGUAGCUGCAGGAGGAGGAGGCUGUUGAGACCUGGUUCAGAACCACUGCAGGUCAACAUUUUGAUAAGUGGAGGUUCAAUCGUCAACGCUGAGGCGGUAUGGGACCAUGUGACCAUGGCCGACCGGGAGUUGGCGUUUAAGGCCGGCGACGUCAUCAAGGUGCUGGACGCCUCCAACAAAGACUGGUGGUGGGGCCAGAUUGAUGAGGAAGAAGGAUGGUUCCCUGCCAGCUUUGUACGGGUGGAACCCCACCCUCCUCAGCCCCAAACAAAACAGGUUUUCUAUAUCAACCCCAUAGCAACUCCACGGUUCCAAAACACCACGUCAAAGGUGCGUUUUCCCCGCUUCAUCCAACCCAUCCAGCCUGCCCGCCCACCCGCCCGCUCCACUGUGGUAAACCGACACUACAUCAAACACCUCAAGGACAUCUGUGAGGGCUACCUGCGCCAGUGCAGGAAGCGUGUGGACAUGUUCAAUGACGACCAGCUGAAGGUCAUCUUUGGGAACAUCGAGGACAUCUAUCGCUUCCAGAUGGGAUUUGUUCGAGAUCUGGAGAAGCAGUACAACACAGAGGAUCCCCACCUCUCUGAGAUUGGACCAUGCUUUUUAGAACAUCAAGAUGGUUUUUGGAUCUAUUCUGAAUACUGUAACAACCACUUGGAUGCCUGUAUGGAGCUGAGCAAACUGAUGAGGGAUGGCAGGUACCAGCACUUCUUCGAGGCCUGUCGUCUCCUCCAGCAAAUGAUUGACAUCGCCAUCGAUGGCUUCUUGCUCACCCCUGUCCAGAAAAUCUGCAAAUAUCCACUCCAGCUGGCCGAGCUUCUCAAAUACACUGCACAGGAGCACAGUGACUAUCGAUACGUGGCAGCAGCACUGGCAGUAAUGCGGAACGUCACUCAGCAGAUCAACGAGAGGAAGAGGAGGCUGGAAAACAUCGACAAGAUCGCCCAGUGGCAGGCCUCUGUUCUAGACUGGGAGGGAGAUGAUAUCUUGGACAGGAGCUCGGAACUCAUCUACACUGGGGAGUUGUCAUGGAUCUAUCAGCCGUAUGGACGCAGCCAGCAGCGGGUCUUCUUCCUCUUUGAUCACCAGCUGGUCCUCUGUAAGAAGGACCUGAUACGCCGGGACAUCCUGUAUUAUAAGGGACGCAUCGACAUGGAUCGCUACGAGGUGCGGGAUGCAUUAGACGGCCGUGACGAUGACUUCAACGUCAGCGUGAAGAAUGCAUUCAAGUUGUGCAACAAAGACAGCGAGGAGAUCCACAUCUUCCUGGCCAAGAAGCCAGAGGAGAAGAUUCGCUGGCUCAGGGCCUUCCACGAGGAGAGGAAGAUGGUGCAGGAGGACGAGAAAAUCGGUUUUGAGAUCUCUGAGUACCAGAAGCGACAGGCAGCCAUGACAGUGAGAAAGGUGACCAAACAGAAAGGUGUAAACAGGUGCACGCCCCCCUCAUACCCGCCCCCCCAGGACCCCCUAAGUGCGGGGCAUUAUGAGGUAACGGAGGACAUGGCACAAGGAGAGGUUUUUGAAUUCAGUCAAUCCAAAAGAGGCCAGGCUCCUUUCUGGCAGAAUUUUAGUAGAUUAGCUCCAUUUAAGAAAUAGAGAUUCACAGACUCUUCCGAAGGACCAGCUAUUUUUCUUAGAAGCACUAAACACUGGAUGAUCAAGUCCCUUGAUGAAGGAAAUUAUGACAAACACACAUACACACGAGACUUCAAAAGGACCAAUCUUAAUACAAGAGUGUGAUUGGAAGCAGCAAGAGGACUGAGGACUUGAGAAGUUGCGGGAAAAAAAAGAAACUUUACAAUUCAUAUAUAUGUUAGUAACAUUCUAAGUUAUCAUGCUUCUCCAGCUGAGUCGACUGUCAUGAACUCUUUCCCUCGGAUUCUACAUAUUCACAUCAUCUGAAUGUCCUGGAGUUACUGAGAUUGUUAUAUUGUUUCAUUUUGAAUUAUCCGGAAAGAAACACAAGGCCAAGCCAGGGCAUUCCUAGUAGUAUGAUUGUUUGCCAAAAUGCUGGGAUCUUGCUGCGCUGCUGCUAUGUUGAGAUUGCUCGCUGCAUUCUUCUGAAUGUGAGAUCAAAUAAUGACGGGGGGCCUCGGCUACCAGCUGCGGCGUCUGAAGGACCUGCGAAGCUCGACUGUCAGCAUCUUCUCUGAGUUAGAUCCAUUCUGCCAACGAUCACACACUGCUCAGGCAAUCUCCGCUUCACUGAUGUCUGUGUCUGGAUCUCACUCUCUCAAAAGCUUCACACUCCUCUCUCUAGCUGUUUGCAUAUAGUAGCCCUCUCUUCACCAAGUGUGACGUUCACAGAGUUUCCCUCUCACUCUGCAUCCCUCUCUCUCUCUCUCUCUCUCUCUCUCUCUCUCUCUACCUUCCUGCUCAGUGUCUAUGAGUCAGUGGCUUACAGAGGCAGAGCUUCAUUCUUUUGGAAACCUGCCAUUGGCCAUGAUAUGAUGGGUCAGGGAACAAAUCAAUAGUUGAAACAUCAAUAGAAUAUUUACAUCCUUUCACCAACCACUUUUGACAGGGUAUUCAUAACCUAUCACACCGUGAGGGGGGGUUGAGUUUUACGGAGAGAUCGCCGCUCAGAUGAAACAGCUGGGAGCAGGAGAUAGGCAGGCUGCGGCCCACCUGCCUUGUAUCAGAGCCCCCCUCCCCCCACGCCCCCACUCUCCCCAGAGACCACCCCUGUAGCACUGUGCUGGCAGCUCACUGGGUGUUUGGAAAGAGCACAGCCUACCUCCAGAAAGAGCUCAAAGUGAAGCUGAUGAAUUGGCCAAGGUGUAAAAUAAUUUCUCUUUCUCAUGUCGGCUGUACAAAAAAAAAACAGACUUCCUCAGCUGACUUAAUUCUUUCAUAUUGCUCACACUGUAAAAAAGCACAGCACAUAAUAUGCAGUCUAUGGCGUACUUUACUUGCACUUGGUUCGCAGCAAGCCAAAACACGCAAUGUCACCGAUGAGAAAUGAGAAAGGAAGCGUAAACCAGCACCAUCUGAAAGAAAGAAAGACCCCUGCAGAAGUGUGAGCCAAUAACCACAGGGAGGCAGAAAGGUGAAUUUAAUCUGUAGCAUGCAGGUGUCCUCUCUGACAGAUUCAUGCGUCUCUGAUGACCGCAGUUUCAAAUCUUGGCACUCCAACCCGUCACGUCGUUUUCCAGAUCUGAUCUAAUGUUCUGGCGGUUAGCUCGGCACUGUUAAACGAUUCACAGAGGACUAAGGCCUGGUCGGAUUGAUUUGUUCAAUCAAAACUGUCCCCCAAAAAAACUGCUGUGAGCGAGAUCCUGUGCUACUACAAGAGAGGGGUUAGAAAAAAGAAGAUCUACUGAUUUAAAAUCCCAUCAUGAAGGUGUGUUUUUAUUAUUUUAUUUCUACUGUUGGCAUGUAAGUGACACAUCUCUCUAUGCUUUGUGAUCAUAUUUUGACCUCAGAUACAGAUGAAUACAUUUUGUGUUUCUAUCACCUGAUGGACCGUGCAUAUACAGUUUGACAACUUGUGCAAUGUGAAAUAUUAUGAUCUUCACUACUCACUCCAAUGUGAUAUGAAAGAGUUAUUAUAUUGUUCUGUGUCAUUCGUUUGCCUUCUUAAAGGCCUUAUAACCUAUUGGGAAACAAAAAAGACCUUUCGACUUGCUUUGUAUGUCGUGUAAUUUAUGUUUGGUUUCAGUAAAGGAAGUUGAGAAACGGGCGAGCUGGUUUGCUGGUGUCUGUAGAGAUGGCUCCCAGUCAAAUUUGUUUUGUUUUUUUGGAAGAUCACUCCCCGGUCUGGCACAGAAAAAAAGAAAUGGUUCCCAGGCCAAGAUAACCUCAGGUCCCGUGCUAAACCCACCACCACUCCCAAACCCCCCCGCCCCCCUCUCUCCAUUCCCCUAUUCAACACCACCACCAGUUUCAACACACAGACGCAAGCAUGCAGGCAAACACACACACACAUAAUCAUACGCACUUGCUGGCCCGUUCUGCUGCGUAGAAGAGAGAUGCUAUCUAACAGUGCCUUCCAGCAUUCCACUAGUGAUUAUCUAUUCAGUUUCACAGGCAGAUUUGAAUUAGUCAUGUAUUUUCCCUUCAUCGUGGGACUCGCAUCUCUCUCUUUCUCUCCCUCUCUCUCUCGCUCUCUCUGUCUCUCUCAUACACACUGGGAAUUCCUCAUUCCCCAGUGCAUGAGAUCCACUCGGACAGAAACUCAAGAGGUCAGGCCUUUUUCCAUACGAGUAGACACUGUGCUGUCUGACUGACUUUCAAACACCUUGUUAUUCUAUUAUAUUCUAUCACAUUUAAAAUAGCAGUCAUUUUAAUUGCACACAGAAACAAAGAAGUGAAUUCUGAUUUUAAACGUUCAGAGACUUACGUAGAUUUACUUUACUAUCUAUUUAACAUGCUGAAAGUUUAAUUUGAGUAUUAAAGUAGAAAAACAGCUUUUCAUUAGCAAAGUUAGGUUUCACAUUUCAAAGUAUACUAAUAACCGUGAGUUACGGAUCAAAAGAAGACUCAUCUAUUUUAACCUUUCUCAGAUACACACUGUAAAUAAUGUACAAAGGACAGAUCAUAUAUUUGGAUAUUGGUAUUUUGCGUUGGGAGACGAAUGUUGUUCCAGUUCUAGCGUGCGGUAGACCUCAGUACCAGGUAAAUGCAUGCUUGUGGCAUCCAAUAUUUUGCAUGAGACUUAAGACAACUCUUAACAAGAUUGUUUAGUUUCAUUUUUAUCUCCAAUGGGGAUUCUUUCGUCCCCACAACACACACACACAACCAUCGCUUUGUGAACCCAUGCCAUCUUCACGUAAGGGGAGUUCUUUUUUCUCUGUCCACCUGUCUCCUGCUCACUGCUCAUCAUCACAGGUUGUAGCUUCUGUUUUUUAUUUAUUGUCGAGUAACGAGGGGGGGGGAGGACGUCUUCCCCCUCAUGCUGUAUCAAAGACUGAACUGUUGAGGUGAAAUGAAAGGCACUGAUGCUCUCUUUUUGCCCACAUAUAAUGGGUUUAUCUUUAUUCAAAUCUUUUCUUUUCUUUAAACUCUAACUUAUGCUGUUCUGGUCAAAACUGCUGGUUGUUAUUUUAGAAAAAAAAACAUGAACCGCUGAGGCGAAACGGGUAUAAUUUUUCUAUGACAACGGUGAACCAAAUAGGAGUGAGCACUGAUCAUGGGUGUUCGUGUAUAGAUUUGUAGUCGAGCUGAAGAGCUGAAUAAAUGCAGAACCUCUCGGGAGGAGCUAAAAAUAAACAUAAUCCUGCAGACACACACACACACACACACACAGUACUUCAUUUUAAUUCAUAUCAUGCUCUUGUUUCUACUUAAAAAAUGAUUCUUUGAAGUACAAUGACGUGACAGUAGAAAUGACUUCCUCACUUGUAUUUAUUAAAAGCAGUAUUAAGUAGUUUCCUUUUGCCACAUUUGUUAAGAGGUUGUAAAUAUUGCGUUUAUCUUCUAUAAUUAUCUUUCCGACCUUGUCCUGAGAGCUGAGGGGACAGCAUUUUUUCUCUCCCUCUCUCUCUCUAUCGCUCUCUCUCCAAGUCAUAAAACCAAGACAGCCAAGUUAGCAGAGCGUCACUCGGAUGCAUCAGAGGUUGCUCAGAUUUACGUAACUCCUCCGAAGCACAGGGAGUACAUGAGCCGCCCCGCGCUCGCUCACAUUUAGCAUCGCAGCAUCUUUAGUAGGAACUCCUCGCGGUUGGUUAUGCAGUCAUGUGUGGUUGCAGAAAAGUCAGGGUACAACAGAGUCUUCAACGAGCCAUAUACUGAUGUGGUGUUCAAUGACAACAUGGUUACCAGAAGACUGACAUCCCAAUUCUUUGGAAUCUAUUCAUUGUAUAUUACCAUCUAGUUUGAGGUUUGGAUUUUUGCCUAGCACUGAAGAAUUUACUCACAGUAUUCAUAUCCUUUGUCACCAUAUGCAAAAACGUGUCAUUUUCUUUCUUGCUGGCCUUUGAGUUUUGAUUAUUUGUUGUAGAAAUUAAAAACCUGAAAAAUAAUGCCUAUUCAAUCCAGAAACUGUGAAUGGGAGAGUGGAGAUGUCAACUGUAUGUACAUUAUAUGUUUUGAUGUAAUCAGAAGCACUGGGAAUAUGUUGUACUUUGCUGUAAAAAAAAUAAAUCCAUAUCUGAUAUAGCUGUACUUUUGUUCAAAAAUAAAUCCUCUACAGAA